UUUAUAAAUUUCACUCUCCUUUAAAUGAGAAACACACACCCACACACACUCAACGUUUUCCGCCAUUUUUUUUGCUGUGAAUAUUUCUCCGAAUCGGAGAAAUGCAGGUGCCUAUGGAUAAAUCGCUCUCUCCAAGCUUCAGCAUCUAUAGCAAAGUCGCCGAAAUCGCAGCUCGGACUGUCGAUGAAUUCGAUUCUGAUGAAUUUUCCGACGAGAUGAAAAUUUACGAUUCUCAGCGAGGCGAUGAGAGUGACGAUGAAUUCGAGUUCUCGACGCCGUCGAGGGAAUCGGAAUUGCCGUCGCAGACCUCGGCCGACGACGUUUCCGAAAACGGUAAGUUCCUACCGUUUUGCACUGUUUUCAAUCGAUAUUUUUUGAACGAGAUCGGAAAGGAAAAUAGCGAUCGCGAUUCCGAUUCUCCGAAAAUCCGGCUUCCGCUGAGGAAGCUGUUUCGAGAGGAAAGGGAAACGACGAUUUCGAUGGCGGAGGAGGAGCUCGACGGCGUAGAUGCGGUGACUUACUGCGUUUGGCCGCCGAAGGAUGAGGGGCGGUGUAAGAAGAGCAGCUCCGCCGGUAGUAAUUUGAAGCGAUGGAAGUUGAAAGAUUUUCUGCACAGGAGCCACAGCCAUGGAAGUCGGAACGAUUUCAACGGCGGCGAGAAGCAGAGUUACGGCCAUGAUUUGGCGGCGAUCUUCGAUGAUGCAAAUGCGUUGACAAGAAAUUCGGAUUCAUUUUGAGUUUUGUCAUUCCUUGCUUUUUGCUUGUUUGUUUGUGUUAUACAUUUAUUGCAUUCUUCCUUUUU